AUCACUCAGCUGUGUACGGCUUCAGCGUCUGACUGACUGUAGGGUUGUUCAACGUCGUUAUAUCUACAUCAUUCAUCGAAAACUCACCUAAAGCCGGCUCCAUUAUUUGCGACUUAUUCCUCCCAUCGCAGUGUCUCCUACUGUCCUUCUCCUCUAUACACACAUACCUGAAAUAGAUCGAAAGCGUCCAACACUGCGCAAGAACUCGACCACGGACAGACACGGGUAAUCCUCCAACGGAUCACGGAUCUGCAUGUGGUGCCUAGACUGCUUGUCCGCUCUUGGCUCUCCUCGGUGCGCAAGGCUAUUGGAGCUAGAUCAGCCCAGUGUAAAUAAGGGUUAUAUGUGGGUUAGCUGAAGCUUGUCCAGUCGCUGCCCAUUUGACUCCCUACCCGGGUAUAGAUACACCACGUCACGCACCAUCAUCACGCAGGCCGUCGUUGUUCCCCCCAAACCUGGGUCUGAUUACGUCCUUUCAUACGUAUAAAUCCUCGACGGGGACGGGAACACCUCGCUCGUAGCGAGCCAGCAUCCUCUUUCAUCGUUUCGCUUUCGUGUCAGCGUCCGACACCGAAUUAUAUACACCCAGCAUGAAGGACCCUUUCCCAAUACCGCCCAUCCCCGCGCUAAGUAACGCCAUCCAGCCCUGGGCCGACUACCUCAACCUGCCCACGCUCCCUCUACACAUCCACGAGAUCGUCAUAAUAGCCGCCUUUUACGAGUUCAUCCGCAGUGUCGUGUCGCCCGUAUUGUCCUCCCGCCUCUUCCCCCGCCAGUAUGCCGCGCUGUCUAAGUCGAAGAAGCUCAACUGGGACGUCCAUGUCGUCUCCUUCGUCCAGAGUACCACCAUCAACAUCCUGGCCCUGUGGGUGAUGUUCGUCGAUGAGGAGCGGAAGCAGAUGGAUUGGCAAGAGCGUCUCUGGGGAUACUCGGGAGGUCCAGCUAUGAUCCAGGCUCUCGCCGCCGGCUACUUCCUCUGGGACUUAUUUGUCACCGCUGCUAAUGUGAACAUCUUUGGCUUGGGCAUGCUGGCUCACGCCGUCAGCGCUGUUCUCGUCUACUCUUUUGGCUUCCGACCGUUUGUCAACUUCUACAGCACUAAUUUCAUCCUAUGGGAACUGUCUUCGCCCUUCCUUAAUAUCCACUGGUUCUUCGACAAGCUCGGCAUGACUGGCUCUCGCGCUCAGCUCUACAACGGCCUUGUCCUCAUUGGAAUGUUCUUCUCCUGCCGCCUGGUGUGGGGCACCUACCAGUCCUUCCUCGUCUACCGCGACCUAUACGCCGGUAUCAGUCAGGGGCCAGAUUUCCUAGCCGCCGAGAAGGCAGGUACGGCAGGCUUUCCGGCGCGCUAUGCUGAGAGCAUGCAAUUUGUAACCACAUCCACCGGCGUGCCCCUAUGGCUAGCCACAAUCUACGUCGGCAGCAACCUGACCCUAAACUCACUCAACUUUUACUGGUUCUUCAAGAUGAUCGAAGCCGUCCGCAAGAGAUUUGAUCCCAAGGCCGAAGAAAAGGAGGCACCCGUGGCAUCAGCUAAGGCUAAUAAGGAUGGUAUCGCCGUUGUAGCUACGGGGGCCAAUAACGGAGUCACAACUCGCCCAAGAAGGCGGACAAUUCUAGAUGGAGAGGACCCUGAUGCGCCACCGCCAAUCUAAUAGCUUCAAGGGUCAUCUCAAGCCAUGCUUAAAGCCCUAGCAUGUCUCCAUUCUGCUAUAUAAGCGGGAAAGGUAGCGCGAGGUCUUUCCAAUGGCCAGUCCGACUGCCCCUAGAUCAACUGGGGAGUCAAGUAUGUAUUCGACGCGAGUACUGCAUCAAAGCACCGCGUCCCC